AUGACGACUCGCGACGGCAACUUUGACGAGCCAGCCUUCGUCACGAUCGGUGACCCGUACAAGGACCCCGCGGAGCCCAAGGUCCACUUCAUCGCGGGCCGGAAGCAGUUUCUCACGACGGGCCCCAAGCCCGGGCAAACCGGGUCGAAUUGGGGCCCCGGGCCACGCAAGUUUAUCGGGCUCGAUGGACAAUACCAAGAGCGCUACAAGGAAGAGAACAAGGCGCGGCUGGAAAACACCAAAAAGCACUUGAAACCGAGCGGAUUUACCUACUCGUCCCACUCCAAGAAGAGCUGCGGACCUGGUGACUACUUUGGCUCGUUCUACGACCCGAAGAACCAAGAAAGUGUCGAGCCGCCGCCACCGGUACCCCGACCCAACCCCAAAGAACGCAACUUUGAACGACGCAACGUGUUAACAUCACCCACGAAGAAAGGGACACUGGGCUACACCGGCACGCUCAUCGGCGCCAAGGUGAUUCCGGCCAUGCCCGCCGAGUUCGAGUCGGUGCGCCAAGCAGAGCGGGAAGCGAUGAAGCGACACAAGGAGAAGCUGGGGGACCGCAAGGCGUUCAAGUCCAUUUCGCACCCGGUGGAUUACUUUGAUACUAACGACCACGUCGCGGCGUCCCGAGUGUUUGAGUGGGACGAAGACUGCAAGAAGCGCCCACCCGAGAAGGAAGAGCUCAUGAACCCAAAGGAGCGGGCGGUGGCGCACGCGCCAACGUUCAAGUCAUGGCGGCCAAGCCACGCAGGAAAGGAAGGCGAAGCCGGUGUCUUUGACAAGUUUCCCGAGCGGCUGCCCGACCCGUACGACGAGCGCGUCGUGAACCGCGCGAUGCUUCCAAACCGAAGAAACCCCGUCGAGAUUGCAACCCAAGGUCUCUCGGACAGCAUUCGCGAGCGGAAGAGCUUCAAGCCCACGAGCUGUCCAAAGAAGAAGUUCACGACGGGCACCGUGCUCCUCGGCAUCCACAAGCACAAGUUGUAG